UCCACUAGCGGAGUGUGUCGAGGUACACCUGUGUGCUGGACUCUGACCGGAGUAAACUAGAUCUUACCGGAAGUGGGGGGAGAGCAAGAGGAAGAAGGAGAGUAGAGGAGAAAUGGGCAAUGUCGGCCGAGAGGGAGCUCUCGCGGUGCUGCCCGCCGCCAUGCCGACAGAGCCGCAGCUUCCCGUCGCCGCUAGGAUGCUCUACUUCCCCGCGGAGCUGCUGGACUGCCAUGCCUGCCGCCACCCCCUCAAGCCGCCCAUCUACAAGUGCGAGGCCGAGCACCGGGUGUGCUCCACCUGCCGCGUCCUCCACGGCGAGGCCUGCAGCGGCGCCCUCGUCCACUCCCGGAUGGCCGACGAGUUCGCCGCCGCCGCCAGGGAGCCGUGCGAGUACGAGAGGUACGGGUGCGACGCGGGCGGCGUCGCCUACCACCUGGCCGCGGAGCACCGCAGCUCGUGCCCGCACGCGCCCUGCGGCUGCCCGGAGGGGUGCGGCUUCCUUGGCUCCCGGCAGAUGCUCCUCAACCACGUCUCCGGCCCGGACCACUCGCGCCCCAUCAUCGACAUCCGCUACGGCCAGGAGUGGAAGCAGAGCCUUCCCCUGUCCCGGCGCUGGUAUCUCCUCCUAGGAGAAGAAACCCAAGCUGCUGUCGCUGCUGGCGCGGGCCGGCACCGGAACGUGUUCCUCGUGUCCCUCGGCGAGCGCGGCGACACCACGGCGGUGUCGGUGGUGUGCGUCAGGGCGGACGGCGGCGCGCCCGAGGCGGCGCAGUUCUCCUGCAGGCUCGCCGUGGAGCACCCGGGCGAUGGCACUAAGGUGAUAUUUGAGUCGCCCCUGGUAACAAGCAGCUCCCUGUCCGGCGGCGCGCCAGCGCCAGGCGGGGUCAGGUCCUUGCCGGUGCCGAAGGAGUAUUUGUCCGGGGACAGUAUACCGCUCAGCAUCCACAUCCACAAGCUCGAGCCUCCUGCUUCUGUUCCUAGUCCUCCUACUGCUGUCCCUCUUCCUCCUACUACUCCGGCUUCUCCUCGUCCUGUCGCCGCCACCGUCACAGUCGCCACCCCUUCUCCUCGUCCUGUCGCCGCCAUCGUCACCGUCGCCAGCCCUCCUCCUCGCCCGGUCGCCGCAGCCGCCACCGUCACCCUUGCCCUCCAGUCGCCAGCAACAGAUCAGAGCAACAAGAAACGGAAAGCUACGAAUCCGAAGAAAUUUAGUACUGCUAACAGAAGCUGAUAUGUACUGUACUUAUGAUCUACUACUACUGUAGACUAGAAACCCAUGCCGAUUAGCUGGUGCUGGGGCUGUGAUGGUGUUCCAUUGCCGUGGUGCCUUGUAUGGGCGGAAAAGACUCCUAGAAGCUCUGUUUUUUCUUCUUCUUUUGAUGCUGUUGAACACUGGGUUUCGUUUAUGAUAAAUGGAACCGGGGGUUUUGUCUCCCUGUGAAUCUAAAAAGAAAAUUAGCUAUUCCGUUAUCUGUACUUGUGGAUUUCUUUCAAUCUGAAGAUUCCAUCUCAUGCCAUUGCUGCAUGCACAUCC